GAAUUUAAAUUAAGGCUUGGCAGUUGACCUCUCUGUAAGCAUAUCUUUGGCCCUUUCAAUUAGGAAUGUCAUAGAAAUGCGACCUAGAAGAUCGGUCAACUUGCAUCCCCUAAGCAAUGCAGCGGCAACAGUGGCGAGCAAGGGAGCGAAGACGGUUGCUAGGUGCGCCUCUGCGCGUCAAAUUGGCACUUAGUCUCAGAGAUGGGGACAUGUUUGUCAAAGUCAGAGGCGCAAAUGCCGUUGCCAACAGCUCUUUUGGCAGUGGAGGACGAGGAGGACCACGUGGUUCUGGUGUUUUGUCCUGUUUUGGCAACUCCAAAAAGAGCAGCAAAGCGAGCUCAUCUUUGCGCGCUAGAGGUGGUAGAGGACGGCCUAGUAAAAGGAAGAAAUUUGCAGAGACCUGCAGGAGAGCGACAGCUGCGAAACUGUUGAUCGAAAGUGACGUGCUUCUAGGUAGACAAGAGGCAAGCUUUGCACCUUUCGCGGACUUGUUGCAGAGCUUGGCCGACCAGGCAGCACGCCAAGAAGAGCGUCGGUGUAGGAAAGCUGGAGUUGUAGAGAUGAAGAAUCCAGCACGCGAGAAACGAGGACAUCAGCAAGAAGAAGAUGUUACUUCGAAACGGCAAGAGCCGCUGGCUGUACCAAAAAGGAGAAGCAGACCCUCGACGCCUCGUAUUCAUGAGGAGGAAAGCGAGAUGGCUCAAAGGAAAGGGGCUGGACAAGAAGAUUAUCGUAGCAACGACGACAUAGAAGUGGACUGCGGACACGGUAGCAACGAAGAUAAGGACGACGUCAACAUCGUGUCUGUGUCUAGCGUGUCUGCUUCUAGCAACAAGGUCUGCAACGAAGAUGAUAUCAUGAUCAUAGACAAGAAUUGUUCCAGCGAUGAUGACGUCUCCACCACCGUAUCUAAAAAGGCAGCAUCAAGGAAAAACACUGAGACUGGGGAACAAGUUUUAGAGACUGAGGAACAGACAGGGCAAUUGUCAGACGUGGCUGCAGUUUCUUUCACCACAUCUUUGUCCUCUGAUUUUGAAGAUUCAUCAGCCUCUGAUCGCGAACUGCACGAUGCACCCUCUUGGAUACGGAAAUCGAAGCAGUGGAAAAAACAGGAAGAGAUUGCGACUUGUGCGUCCUCGGGAUCACCGAAAAAUACGGGCGGUGACAUGUUGUCAACAACAUCUGGUGCUGGAACUUCUUCUAAAUUGUCUCUGGUCCACGCCUUGUUGUCAGAACUGUGGGCACUAGUGACUGAUCCAGCUGAGUUUCAGGCCCGUUUGUUACUACGACAAUUCCGAUUAGUGGAACAACAUGCUUCAACAUCUUCUGGGAAAGAACUGUUCAUUGAUCGUGGUGUUGUGCAAACCGCAAUCUCUGGGGUGAAGGAGAGAAUCCUGCUUUCCGUGGAUGGAAUUCGUGAACACUAUAAAAAACGGAUGCGAGAGUUGAUGCAAGUGGUAGUGGAGAAAUGUAGUGGUCCUGCUUCAUCCUCGUCGAGUCGCGAGAAUGAGCACAACGAAGGAAAGUCUUCGGUAGCUGCAACUAUAAUCGACCGAGAAGUCUAUCCAGAACUGCUAGCUCUGACAGAUUUCGAACUGCAACUAGACUUGAUGCGUGACAAGCGGGCUCGAGAACUUAGCAGCAAUAAAGUCCUCGAAGAAGAGCGCCAAGACCAGGAGGAAGAAGCGUGGCUCGCGGACAUUGGAGAAUGUCCAAG